AUGCCAUUGGAAGGUGCUGGAAUGAUGACUAAAGAUAGAAGCCUUCCAAGGACUUCUGUCGGAGACAGUGCAUUCUAUGUAGAAGGAUUUUGUAUCUCAGGUGUCAAAGGCCUUGCAAAGACUCAUAUACAGGAUUUAUUGGCAUUGAAGAAAAAAUAUCAGGUUUUGAUCAUGCAAAAAUGUUCUCCAUUCAAAGUAUUGAGGAUGUACUAUCAGAACUUCAACAGGAAUAUUACACAAAAAUACCACUUUGUCCUUGACAACUGGCCACUCAGCAAGUUCAUUGCACCUAGCAAUAUUAAUUCUCUCACAGAACUUCAGGUAUUGUAUAAUGCCUGGGACUCCAAUGCUUCAUGUUUCUGCAAGCUCUCAGAUGAAGAGUACAAAGCUUGGGAGGUGAAAAAUUUCACUGAUGUUCUUGCUUUGGCAAGCACCCUUCAUGACGCUGACAAAGAAGACCUCAUUGCUGAAGGGGAGAACAAUGCACCAGGUCCCCAGCUACUGUCCAAUUCAGUACCCAAGAGCCCUGCCAACCCUCCUUUGCAACCAUCAGAUUGUGAUGCCUCCAUUGCUGCUCCUGAACCAACACAGACCCAGAAAUGCAAGGUACCUUCAGAAACACCAGCUGGAAGUGUGGUGUUCACAAUGGAUGGGGCACCUAUGCAGGUCACCAAGAAAUCAAGGAGGGAACACACUGAUAAGGGUAUAAAGCAUGGUCCCUGUAAGAAGAAGGGUGAUGCAUUGGCAGUGGUGUCUAGCAAGGGACCCUCACAUUCUACUGAUAAUACAAGAGACCUACUCAAUGCUCCUCCAUGUGGUGGCAUGCACAUCACACUUUGA